AUGCGCGAGCUCGGCCGCGGGGGCUCACUCGUGGCUGCUACCAUAGCGGCAUUACAUAAUCGAACCGCAGUCGAUGAAAAACCUCUGCCUAUCAAAUCACGAUCAACCUCCGCCGAGAUCAGAAAUGUAGUGCGUGCUAUAAGAGAAGAAAAAUUUUGUGACGAUAAAUCUCGAAGAGCGUCCUGUGUUAGUGAACGUCCCUUGUCCACUGCAUCUGAAACCUCAGAACGUGAUUCAGCGUCGGUGCAGUCCAGCGAGGAACCGCCCCCACAAGAGAGUACGUACCUAGCAAUCUGUGGACGAGUCACUGACGUAGCAUAUAAUUGGCACACUGCCAAACUUUAA